AUGGAGGACGAGGAGCACGAGGUGUACGGCCAGGAGAUCCCCGUCGACGGCGAGGACGUCGACAUGGCCGCCGGCGACGACGCCACCAAGCUGCAGGAGCUCGACGAGAUGAAGCGCCGGCUCAAGGAGAUGGAGGAGGAGGCCGCCGCGCUCCGCGAGAUGCAGGCCAAGGUCGCCAAGGAGAUGCAAGGUGUAGAUCCCAAUGCAACCACAUCUGAAAACAAAGAGGAGAUGGAUUCUCGGUCGGUAUUCGUUGGAAAUGUUGACUAUGCAUGCACUCCAGAAGAAGUGCAGCAGCACUUCAAUUCUUGUGGAACUGUUAACAGAGUGACAAUCCUGACUGACAAGUUUGGGCAACCAAAAGGUUUUGCUUAUGUGGAAUUUGUUGAAGUUGAAGCUGUUCAGGAAGCUAUUAAGUUGAACGAAUCAGAAUUGCAUGGUCGCCAACUCAAGGUGGCACCAAAGAGGACUAACGUUCCUGGGAUGAAGCAACCCCGCGGUCGAGGUUUCAAUCCCUACCAUGCCCACCCCUACAUGAGGCCAUAUGGAGAUUCCCCAGAUUCCGUCGCCCGCGAAGACCUUAUUUUUGAAGCUCGGGUUCCUAUAUGGUCUGCAGAACAUGGACGAUAA